UGUCAGCUGUGCGCGGCUCUCGCGAGAGCUGCCGUGCGGGGAAGCGUGGUGCGCCGCGGUAGCUCGCUCCUUUUCGUCUGCCCGGCCAUCUUGGCGGCGCGUCUCUGGUACCACCCGACCCGACGCGAGGCAGCAACAUGGUGGCCGCGAAGAAGACGAAAAAGUCCCUAGAGUCCAUAAACUCUAGGCUUCAGCUGGUUAUGAAAAGUGGUAAAUAUGUACUAGGAUACAAACAGACUCUGAAAAUGAUUCGUCAGGGCAAAGCCAAGUUGGUCAUCCUAGCCAACAACUGCCCUGCUUUGAGAAAAUCAGAGAUUGAGUACUACGCUAUGCUUGCAAAGACUGGCGUCCACCACUAUAGCGGCAACAACAUUGAACUGGGCACAGCAUGUGGGAAAUACUACAGAGUGUGCACACUGGCUAUCAUUGACCCAGGUGACUCUGACAUCAUCAGAAGCAUGCCAGAACAAACCAGCGAGAAGUAAAUGCUGUAAAGAGUUAUUUCUACAAUAAAACUGGUUACAGAUCCAUUUUAAGAAAAAUUUGUAUUACAACAUUGUUGGUUUUAGGGCACAAACUAUAUAAAUGAAGACUCAUUACCA